AUGGAUGGCAUUCGCGGGAUUGCAGGCUGGCGAUGGAUCUUUAUAUUGGAGGGUAUUGUCCCGUCCGCAUUUAGUCUGUUCCUUCCACUUCUGCUACCAGAUAGUCCUGAAAAGGUGGGAUGGCUCACAGCAGAAGAGAAGCAAUAUCUUGAUCUUCGCUUCCGACAGAGCGGUAAUCGGUCCACCACUGGAGAAGGAGAUAAAUUCUCCUGGUCAUUGCUGCUCAAUACAAUGCUAGACUGGAAGAUCCUUCUAGGGGCGCUAAUGGGCAUGGUCAACGCCGCCCCUAAUGCGGCAUUUUCCUACACAAUGCCCACAGUUAUCAAUAAGCUGGGCUUCGAAUCGCAGGAUGCACAGUUACUGACAAUUCCACCAUACUUCUGCGGUGCUGUUUCCAGCUGGUUGAGUAGCCGACUAGCUGAUCGGUUUACUUGGCGUUUCCCAUUCAUCGUCGGUCCGAUGGCCUUGCUGCUUGUAUCUUUCUUGAUACUUUUGAUAUUGUCAACUAAUGUUGACGCCUACAAAGGCCCGAUGUAUUUUGCGAUCAUUCUAGCACAAAUCGGCAUUUAUCCGUUGCUGCCUGGAAUCUCAGCCUGGACCGGGAAUAAUCUUCCCCAGUCUUGGAAAAGGUCAAUUGGUAUCGCCUGGCUAUUGGCUGCAGCAAAUACUGCUUGCUUCAUUGGAACUAAUGUAUUUCUUGAUGACCAAGCUCCACACUAUGUGGUCGGAUACGGUGUGUCACUUGGGAUUAUCGCUAUGGGCAUUACUGCGGCUUGCGCACUCAAAUAUGCAUUGUGGCGCUUGAACCAGCACAAAGAUGGUAUUUCUGAAAGUGAAGUUCUUGCGACUUAUACUCCGGAUCAGCUGGCAGCCAUGGGCGAGAAGAGCCCUAUCUUCAAGUACACCCUGUAA